AUGGCGUUGCUCGGAGGCUUCACGCCGUGGGCGCACCUGCGGCUGCGCGACCACCGUCCCGGGCCAAUGAGUUACCCCCCGCCCGGGAACGACAUCCCGGAGAGAUCGAUACUGCGGAAAUAUCCCACGCGGUCGCGCGAGGCCACCGUAGGCCCCGGCGAGUACCAAAUUCCAACCACCGUGGGCCAGUGCCGUUCAACCGUGUUUGGGCCGCCGAGUGGCCCGGGCUCGACUGAAGCCGCAAGGGCAAACGUUAGUCCAAAACGCAGGCAGACCGUUGGGAAAGGCAAGCGAGGCGGCGUGCCCCCGCUUCCGAAGCAGUACAGCCUCGCUCUGUACCCCGAUACCCCGGCGUUCUCCAUCUACAGCAAACUACAAGAUAAGCCGUUAGGUAGCGGUGUGGGCCCUGGCGAGUACGCCAUCCCCUCCUCCUUUGACCUGGCUGGGAAAGGGCCGCACUUUGGCCAGCGGACGAAGCUGUUGACGACGCGUGACAUAGUGCCGGGGCCUGGGGCCUAUCAAGUGCCCCGCUUUGGUGAUGAUAUGCCAAAGCUAAAGGAAUACAUCACAUCCGUGCGAAAGGUCCAUGCGGACGAAAAUGGGCCAGGUCCUGGGAGCUACGACGACCCCACCACAAUUGCUGCACGUCUUGCACCCCCACAACUGCGCCUGUACGAUGGUCCACGCUUUGGCGGUCGUCAUUCCCAGCCCAAGUCCACCUUGUUCACGGGACCCGGCCCCGCGGAGUACGGUGACGUGAGUCAAAUAAUGCGGAAACGGGUACGAUGUACGCCCGUGUUUCGUGCGCCCAUCCAGACCGUGCCUGAAAACAAGACGGUGCGGGCUGCGGUCAAUUUUGCACCAGGUCCAGGUAUUUAUCUCCUGCCGUCGGAGUUUGAUCGGGACUACAAGAAGGGAGUCUCACUGGGGGCGCGCACCCUUCGUGAGCCCAAGCCGGCGACAAGUGCGACGGUUGGCCCCGGCUCGUACAAUCUGGGGAAGCCGCCGAUGACGUCCAACGGGUUUCGCUUUGCGGCCCAACCGUACGACCCCCUCGCCUUUGCAGACCAGGAGGAGAGCGUGGCCGAGAGCGCGGCGAGUGCCGAUGCGGGGCCUGCCCUGUAUUACCCGAAACUGGACGCGGUGAAGCCCUACAAAUACAAGGCGGUGGCCGGCUUCGGCCUCGGCCAGCGCUUCAUGGUUCGAAACGCCGGUGGUCCGCUGUGCUACGACGUCAAACCGCCUGAGCCGACCCGCAGCACGGUGUUUUUCCGUGGCGACUACCGCCGCAGCAGGCACCUGCACGGCUGGGCCGACGGCGGACCCUCGUACGAGGUUGAGAACGACACCAUCGCCGAUAGCAUGCGGAAGGGCAAAGGCUUCACCUUUGGCAUCCGCUACCCUGCGCGGGCCACCCACCAGGUGUGCAAGCCGUACGACGCGACGACGAACAUCAACUGCGAGUACCCCGAUGAGACGACGUGGAUGACGAAGCCAAAGUAG